AUGGCGCGCGCGCUGGCGAGCGGCAGCGCGGAGGACGCCAAGGCGGCGGGCAACGAGUACUACAAGGCGGGCCGCUUCGCCGACGCGCUUCAGCUCUACGACCGCGCCGUCGCGCUCGCGCCCGCGCGCGCACACUACCGCGCCAACCGUGCCGCCGCUCUGUCCGCGCUCAACCGGGUGGCAGACGCCGUCGCGGACUGCGAAGAGGCCGUGCGGCUGGACGGCAGCUACGCUCGCGGGCGGCAGCGUUUGUCUGGUCUGUACCUGCGGCUGGGGCGGGUGGAGGACGCGCGCGCGCAGAUGGCGGAGAUGGCGGAGGGGGAGGCGGCGGAGGAGCGGGCGCGGGUGGAGAGGGUGGAGAGGUGCGUGGCGCGGUGCGAGCAGAGCGUGCGGGCGGGCGACUGGCAGGGCGCGGUGGUGGAGGCGGACGGCGCCCUCAGGGAUGGCGCUGACCUCGCCCCGCAGCUGUGGCUGUGGAGGGCGCGCAGCUGCAGGCAUCUCGCGCGCCUCUCAGAGGCGGAGGCCGCGCUGACGUCAGCGAGGGGGGCGCUGACAGCGCUGCGGGCGUCAGUGGCGGGCGAGGGGGCGGGCGGGGGGCGAGGGCGGGCGGUGAGAGCGGUGGAGGGCGACGUGGUGGAUGAGGACGUGCGCCUCUCGCUGCUGCUCGGCAGGCUCAUGUGGGCCAGCCUGCAAGGUGAGUUGCUUUGUCCCAACAUCUGCACCACUGCACCGCACCACCUCUACCCCCCCUCCUUGCCCUGUGCUUGCCCCCUCCCUCCCCGGUGCAGGUUCGACUUGGCAGUGGCGAGGGCGGAGCAGGGCGCCAAGCUCUUCCCCGACCACCCCGCGCUGCCCGCGCUGCUCGCCACUGCACGCCAGCUGGCGGCGGCCCGCACGGGCGGCAACGAGCUGUUCAAGGUGGGCGACGCGGCGGGCGCAGCGGAGGCGUACUCGCGGGGGAUAGUGGCGGGCGGCGAGGGCAACCCGGUGCUGCUGUGCAACCGCGCUGCGUGCCGCAUGCAGCAGCGCCGCUGGCACGACGCCCUUGUGGACUGCCAGCGCGCCCUCGCUGCCCACCCCGCCUACUGCAAGGCGCUGCUCCGCCAGGCCACGUGCCACUCCCAGCUGCAGCAGUGGGAGGCGGCGCACCGGGACUACCUGCAGCUGCGCCAGCUCAUGCCCAACGACGCUGAUGUGGCCAAGGCCUUGGCUGACGUGGAAGCGAAGCUGAAUAAGGCUGGAAUGCCAGGCAGCAGUGGGGCGGAUGGCAAGAGGGGCGGCAGUGCGGCAGGGGGAGGGGGUGGCAGCAGUGGCAGAGUGGUGGCGGUGCGCACCGACAGCGAGUUCCGAGGGGCUGUCACCAGCAUGGGUGCGUUCCUUGACAGCAGUGCAAUGCUUCUCUGCUCCUCUGCCACCUUUGCAGGGCUGGUGGUGGUGGCCUUCAGUGCUGCAUGGUGCGGCCCAUGCCGCCAGGCCGCGCCGCUGUUUGAGCGCCUCAGCGCCGCGCACCCCACCGUCAAGUUCCUCAAGGUGGACAUUGAUGUGCUGCCGGAGGUGGCAGCACGAGAGGGUGUGCAGUCGGUGCCGACGUUCAAGGUGUGGAAGCACGGUGCCCGCGCCACGGAGGUGGUGGGCGCACAGCUGCCGCAGCUGGACGCCGCCAUCCGCUCUGCCCUCAAGUCGCUCAGCCACGGCUUCUGA